GCCGUCAAAAACAACAACAGGCGUCUCUUACAGACACAGCAUUUCAAACACUAUUAUUCUAACCAAACGACUUAUCUAGAUAAUAUUAGGGUUAACAUCGAUGCAACCGGUUCCAGAGUAGUUACAGUUUUCUUCGUGUUUAUUUAUAGACACGGCGAGGUGUUGAAAAUGAAAACGAGUUUGGGUUUAGCCGUGAAGCUAAACGUUUAGCAAGAGGCACUGAGGUGUGUUCACAAAUAACAAAACGAUAGACCGGUCAGGGUGGAGAAAAAUAACCCAGCUAUGUUAUGGAGUAUCUAGAUUAAGUGUCGGAUCUUACUAUAUUACAUUCUGCCGUAAGGACAAAAGGAGAGACAGUCAAACCCAGUUAGUUAUGACCAUGUCGCUGAUCCAGGCCUGCCGCAGUUUGGUCUUAUCUACAUGGCUUUUAUCGUUUUGUUUCGUCCACUUCUUCUGUUUAGAUUUCACCGUGGCCGAGAGAGAGGAGUGGUACACCGCUUUCAUCAAUAUCACCUACAUAGAUCCGAUCACCUCUAUGAUCCGGACGGAGAAGACUGAAUGCGGUCGAUAUGGGGAACAUUCACUGAAACGCGACGCCAAAGGAGUCGUGAUACUUCCAUCUCUUUCCCAGGACUGGCAAGCCUGUGAUCCGGGUACCUUGUUCCCGGUUCCGGUCCAGGGCAGUGCAUGGAUAGCCCUGAUAGCCAGUGGAAACUGCACCUAUAAGGAAAAGAUUCGACAUGCAGCGAACCAAAACGCCUCGGCCAUUGUCAUAUUCAACGUUGGAUCCAGCAACGCCAAUGAUACAAUCACCAUGUCAUAUUCAGGUAUGGGUGAUGUGGUCGCCGUCAUGAUCCCAGAACCUAAAGGUCGCGAGGUCGCCGCUCUGCUUGAGCGGAACGUCACGGUAACCAUGCACAUCACCAUAGGAACGCGUAACCUCCAGAAGUACGUGAGCAGGACGUCGGUGGUGUUCGUCUCCAUCUCCUUCAUCAUCCUGAUGAUCAUCUCUCUGGCCUGGCUCGUCUUCUACUAUAUACAGAGGUUCAGAUACGCCAACGCACGAGACCGUAACCUGAGGCGUCUGGGAGAUGCAGCUAAGAAAGCCAUCAGUAAGCUGCAGGUCAGGACCAUCAGGAAGGGAGAUGGGGAGACGGAGUCAGACUUUGAUAACUGUGCCGUGUGUAUCGAGGGUUACAAGCCAAACGACGUGGUCAGGAUCCUACCCUGCAGACAUCUGUUCCAUAAGAACUGCGUGGACCCCUGGCUGCUGGACCACAGGACCUGUCCCAUGUGCAAGAUGAACAUCCUCAAAGCCCUGGGUAUCGCUUUAAAUGCAGACUGGUCUGGAUGAGGUUUGCCAUCUCGGACUAUGAGAUGAUGAGUGUGGGUGGUGGUGGUGGGGGGUCGGGGUUCUGGCCUAGAGGCUGUGGUGUCGGGAGGGUCAAGUGACGGGACCCUCAGUGAGGGGGGGUCGGUGGUUCUAGACCCGGGGGUGCGGAGGGUGGGGCUCCCCCAAGACUACCACGACCCAGACCCUCUGAGGGAUAGUCCCAUUACUGCUACUACUGAUACCCACACAGGUGAGUUCCAGCCCAUGACCAGCAGUGCGUCUGUGGCAUCCCUGGUGAUCACCGUGGAAACGGGGCUGUCUGACGAAGAACUGUCACUAGAACCACCAACCCCUACUGGGGACAACCAGUCCUGAGACCAAGGGCCUAAUUGGGGCCACACUGGUGCCAGAACCAUGACUGUACCGGGGUUAAGUCUGGUUUAGCCUGGCCCUGGGACAAAUCUAACCUGGGACAGAGGACGGAGACAUACCUGCAGGCUAAGAUUUACUUGGACUAUGGCUGCAUGUAUGGACACACCUGUCUAUGGCUACCUGGGAUGGACCUACCUGUCUAUGGCUACCUGGGAUGGACCUACCUGUCUAUGGCUACCCGGGAUGGACCUACCUGUCUAUGGCUACCCGAGAUGGACAUACCUGUCUAUGGCUACCUGGGAUGGACCUACCUGGAUAAACUGAUCUGGGAUGGACUUACCUGGGAUGGACCUACCUGGGAUGGACCUACCUGGGAUGGCUACCCGAGAUAGACAUACCUGUCUAUGGCUACCUGGGAUGGACCUACCUGGAUAAACUGAUCUGGGAUGGACCUACCUGUCUAUGGCUACCUGGGAUGGACCUACCUGGGUUGGACCUACCUGGGAUGGCUACCCGAGAUAGACAUACCUGUCUAUGGCUACCUGGGAUGGACCUACCUGGAUAAACUGAUCUGGGAUGGACCUACCUGUCUAUGGCUACCUGGGAUGGACCUACCUGGGUUGGACCUACCUGGAUAAACUGAUCUGGGAUGGACCUACCUGGGAUGGGAUUACAUGGCUCACCUCCUACCUACAUGGGGAAUAGACUGGCUAUGGUUUAUGGUCCUCUGCCCUGUAUGGAUUAUGGAGCUGUAGCUAGAGUAUGGAGCAAAAGGUGUGGCUAUACCUUUCUGAGAUAUGGACUUGGCUGGUUGGUUACCUGGUGGGCUAUGCUGUGUGUCAUGAAACUGUUACAUGGAGCCCAGGAAAUGCAUCUGGAACCAAGUGUUUCACAAUAAGAGUUCAGGUCACGCACUGACCAAUAUGGAAACAACGGAACCUUGGGAUCUGUUAAACUCAUAUCUCUAGAAGUGACAGUUUGAAACAGGACCUUGGGAUCUGUUAAACCCAUAUCUCUAGAAGUGACAGUUUGAAACAGGACCUUGGGAUCUGUUAAACCCAUAUCUCUAGAAGUGACAGUUUGAAACAGGACCUUGGGAUCUGUUAAACCCAUAUCUCUAGAAGUGACAGUUUGAAACAGGACCUUGGGAUCUGUUAAACCCAUAUCUCUAGAAGUGACUGUUUGAAACAGGACCUUGGGAUCUGUUAAACCCAUAUCUCUAGAAGUGACAGUUUGAAACAGGACCUUGGGAUCUGUUAAACCCAUAUCUCUAGAAGUGACAGUUUGAAACAGGACCUUGGGAUCUGUUAAACCCAUAUCUCUAGAAGUGACAGUUUGAAACAGGACCUUGUCCACCAUCACGCAGAGACACACAGUACUGUUGUAGCUUACAUGACACGAGGUUCACUCAAUACUCGUGAACAACCGGUGCAGAUAUCACGGGGACUUUUAUUUUGGAAAAAGCCCUCUGGGAGAUGUAGUCAGUGGACCUGCUCUGACAUUAUCUCCGCUGUGUCUGGAACGAGGCUGGGCUCUACCUACGGUAACCAUGGAUACGAACACACAACUACGUAGUGUUGCUCCAACAGCGCUGCGGUAUUUUUUAAGUAACCACACCAGUAUUAUCUAUACCCUGCCUGUGUCUCUUUCUAUGGUCAUAUAUCUGCCGGUCAGUCUGUCUAUGUCUGUACCAUCAUCUCACAGUAUUAUCUAUACCCUGCCUGUGUCUCUUUCUAUGGUCAUAUAUCUGCCGGUCAGUCUAUGUCUGUACCAUCAUCUCACAGUAUUGCAUUGUUUUAUUCGUGUUUAUUAUUACUGCUUUUUAAAGUUGUUUUUUUACUACAUACAGUACCUCUGUCUGGCUUAACUGGCCAAUCAGAGUUGGUUGUGUCUGGCUUAACUGGCCAAUCAGAGUUGGUGUGUCUGGCUUAACUGGCCAAUCAGAGUUGGUUGUGUCUGGCUUAACUGGCCAAUCAGAGUUGGUUGUGUCUGGCUUAACUGGCCAAUCAGAGUUGGUUGUGUCUGGCUUAACUGGCCAAUCAGAGUUGGUUGUGUCUGGCUUAACUGGCCAAUCAGAGUUGGUUGUGUCUGGCUUAACUGGCCAAUCAGAGUUUGUUGUGGUUGUGUUGUUGCCAUGGUGUUGCCAAUAACUGCCAUUUUUAAAACCAGGGCCAUGUUCAGUAGGAAAAGGUUUUGGAACGUUCUAGAUAAAAAAUUCUAUGAAUAGAGCCGCUGUGAUUUCAGUAUUUUACAUGUCAGAGAGGCAUGUUUGUUUGAUAUUGAACUAAAAUAUAUAAACACACCAUGUAAAGUGUUGGUCCCAUGUUUCAUGAGCUGAAAUUAAACAGAAAUGUUCCAUAUUCACAAAAAGCUGAUUUCUCUCAAAUUUUGUGGACAA